AUGGCUAGUGAAAGCAGCGCAUGUGAAACAUCGGCGCACAGCGCGAUCGAAUGCGUCAAAGACAAUGAGAGCUCAUCACCUGACGUCGACGUGCUUCGAGCAAACAUCACCGAUGAACGUCACGCCUGCAGCUGGGUAGAAGACUACGGCUUGAAGACGAAUACGUCAUGGGUUGUACACUUCGUCAAGCCAACAGCAAAGUGUGAAAGGAUGGUGUUCCACAAAGUAUGGCGUUGCAAAGAGGCAAAGCGGGAAAAAUCAUGUGGUGAGGCUGCAGCACACUGUCCAGCAAAGAUUGACCUCAAAAUCAAGAAGGUCAACAGAAAUACAAAACGUAAUGAUGCCUUUUUACGUGGGGAAAAGCCACUGCCAGCUGUGAUAAAGCUCUUUCAUCACAAAGACCACAGCCACAGCACUGCAGCAGCAGACGCACUUUCUCGUCUCACUCCAACAAUGCAGACCAGAGAGACCUUUUUGGCCUACUUCGACAACGGCAUGUCACCAGCUGAAGCCAUCAGGCUUCACGAGAGCAAACUGCUUGUGCAAGAAGAUGGGUAUGCUCUCGUUGCUAACUCGGCAGUGAACCCAUUGCCUCCUGCCAUAUACUACUGGCACAGGCUCUGGAGAGAAAAAAACUUUGGAAAAGAUGUUGACCCCCUCCUAAAGAUGGCUGAGAAGAUGCCACUCUAUGCUAAACAUGGCAACCUUAGAGUGAGGACCAUCUUCUGCAAAAUUACUCUGCAGACAGCAUUCUCAACUACCUAG